AUGGAGGCCGGUGACAGCACGGAGGAGACCCCACUGCCUCUGGCACUGACAAGGUUUCAGCUCUCCGAGGACUACGGCUUCCUUCUUCCCGAUCCUCUGACAGAGCUGCCAGCACCCUACGGUCCCUGGAUGGAGAUUGCCCACAACCUGCCUCAGCUGAUCGCGAGCCAUCGGCUCCGCUCACAAGUUCACCAGAUGCCGCAGCUGAGUGCCCGGCACCUCCGAGGGCGCGAGGAGCUGCACUUGGCACAUCUGGUGCUCAGCUUCAUCACGAUGGGCUACCUCUGGCAGGAGGGCGAGGAGGGCACCGUGAAGGUCCUGCCCCGAAAUCUCGCUGUCCCCUUCUGGGAAGUCUCACAGGCCCUCGGCCUCCCCCCCAUCCUCAGCCACGCAGACUUUGUGUUGGCCAACUGGAGGAGGAAGAACCCCAACGGGCCUCUGGAAAUUGAGAACCUGGACACCAUCAUCUCGCUGCCCGGGGGAGAGAGCCUGCGAGGCUUCAUCCUCGUCACCCUCCUGGUUGAGAAGGCGGCUGUGCCUGGGAUUAAGGCAAUCGUUCAGGCCAUUCGUGCCAUCCUGCAGCUCGAUGAGGAGACCCUGCACAAAGCCCUGCAGGAGCUGGCAGAGGCCAUCAGGGACAUGAGCAAGGCUUUGAAACGGAUGCACGACUAUGUGGAUCCAGCAGUAUUUUAUGCUGUGAUCCGGAUCUUUCUUUCCGGCUGGAAAGAUAACCCCGCCAUGCCGGAUGGGUUGAUAUACGAAGGCGUAUCUGACGAGCCCAUGGCGUACUCGGGAGGGAGCGCGGCACAGAGCACCAUCCUUCAUGCUUUUGAUGAACUCCUGGGGAUUCGCCACAGCGAGGAGAGCACCGCCUUCCUGCACAGGAUGAGGGACUACAUGCCCCCGCCCCACAGAGCCUUUGUGGAGGAGAUCCACCGUGCCCCCUCCCUGAAGCAGCACGUGCUCUCCUCCGGAGACGCACGGCUCUGCGCGGCUUUCAACCAGUGCAUCUCGGCGCUGGCAGACUUCAGGUCCUACCACAUCACCAUCGUCACCAAGUACAUCACCGUUGCGGCGGCCAAAGCCAAGGCCAGGCGGGCAGAGCCAGGCGACAGGGCUGGCCCUUCCGCUGGGAAGCCCCCGUCUGCACUGGAGGCCAAAGGGACCGGCGGGUCCCACAUCUUCAGCUUCCUGAAGAGCGUCAGGGACACCACCAGGGAAGGGAUGAUAAGUGCCUGA